CCCGUGAUGUCAGACCGGAACAACAACGCAGCGGUGUCAUGGCGCCGUGCGUGAUGUCAGAGCUCGGUAACAAACAGCUCUAGUUGCCAUUCAACAAUCUGGGAUGGAUUUCUGGCUGUGAAUUAAUACCCAGUAAGAGCCUUGGAGGGAUAACAAAGCAAGUAGCCGAACGGAACCGGAACAAGUGUUGUUAUUCUGAUUUGGGACUUCUAGUAAACUAUAAUCUUUCUGCAGAUCAGGAUGGCAGACUCAGGUGACCACAGCGGUCAGCAGGCUCCAGGCCCUGGAGGCAGGGAGAGCGUAGGACCUCUGAUGGGUCGCCGACCAGCAGCUGGCAUCUCUCCUGGACGCCUGCCAUCGGUGCGACCCAGAGACCUAACACUAGGAGGAGUAAAGAAGAAAACCUUUACUCCCAACAUCAUUGGCCGAAAAGUUAAAGAAGAACCAAAGGUCGAAGGUGUGCUGAGGCGAGAGAGGAGGGAUGGAGAUCGAGGUCGGGGCAGGGGCCGCGGGGAAAGAGGCAGGGGCCGAGGUCGCGGCGAGCUCAUCCAGUCUCACUCCAUCUUUGAGCAGGGGCCUGGAGAGACGAUGAUGAAAAGAAGAGGGGGCUACGAGAGUGAAAGAGACGCUCCGAGCAUGGGACCCUCGCCCAUCAUCAAUAUCAAAAAGGAGAAGAGGGAGACCGAAGAGGAAACCAAAGAGAUCCUGCGCAAAUUGGAGCGAGAAAACUUCAUAGAUGACCCAUUCCUGAGCAGCGAGCAGAGGAGCUGCCCCGUCCAGCUUCCCCUGGCUGUGUCAGGGUGGGGAUUCAAGGAGGAGCUUAACAUUGCAGCCGUUAAAGUAGAAAAGACCGACCCGGAUGAGCCCAUGGAGUCUUCAGUUGAAGUGAAACAAGAGCCAGAGGAAGUGGAGAUAAAAAAGGCUGAAGCCACUUUCAAACGUCCUCCUCUCCCUGAGCCUGAAGUUCUCCCUGACCUGCUGCACAGAUGGAGCCUGAGCAAAGCGGAGGAGCUGUUCUUCAUCCAGCUGCCCGACUCGCUGCCCGGCCAGCCUCCCACCAAGGAGCACAAGACGGUAAAAACCGAGGUGCAGUCGGAGGACGGGCAGUCCGUGCUUCUGAAGACUGAGCCACAGGACGAGGAAGCUGAAGACAACAACUGUAACCUGAAGGAUCUGAGGGAGGGCGUUGUUGGGAAGAUGCUGGUCCGGAAGUCUGGCCGGGUGCAGCUCAUACUGGGACAAGUCACCCUGGACGUGUCUCUAGGGACAUCGUGCUCUUUCCUUCAGGAGCUGGUUUCUGUUCAAACAGCAGAAAAAACGGGAAACCUGACAGUGUUGGGGAAUGUCAGAAACAAAAUGGUCUGCUCUCCAGACUUUGAGUCUCUGCUGGAGAGCAAGACAUGAUGCUCGCCCAGGCAGAGGGGCUCCCAGUUACCUCUGAUGCGUUAGACGCACUUGUAUUUAAUAAAACAAAAACUACGACCCCCAUCUCUAAAUAAACUAUGCUGAUGACUGAUUGCCUUUUGUGUUUUCAGAGCUGCUAAAAUUGCUUUGAUAUAUAUAUAUAUAUCAAUUAUGCAUAUUAUAGGGUUUUUUUGCCAUUAUGAAUAUGAUGGGUGGUGGUUUGAGGCUUGAGUGCCAAGUUUUGUUGCCGUUUGUGUAAAAUGAGUUGACAAAAUUGCACAUGGAUAUAAAUGUGUGAAUAAAAACAGAGUAUUCGUACUCCAGUAAAUCAUUUUUUAAGACUGGUUCACCCAGACUACAGAAUUACUUGCAGUAUAUUUGUUUUCAUAAUUUUUUUUCCUUCACCUAUUUAAGAUGAAAAAUUUCAAGUUGCCAAUUAUGCAAUAUAGAUUCAUGCUCUCUGAAGACGUAAAACAACUGUAGGAAAAAUGUUUACAUUGUGUAGAGAAUGUCCUCUGCUGCAAAACGUGUUUGGUAAUUCCAUAAUAAAGUGAAAUGCAUAUUUAGAUCAA